ACAUUCCAGUGGAUCAGUGCCGACUUGUACGGCUACCCACCCCUCUCAUCUCUGCUUUGUGCCGGCCGGCGACAUUCUUCCCAGAAGGACAAUUCCGCAUUCCCCACAUACCAGUUGCUCUUUUAUCAUGCAAAUACAAUUUGUCCCAUGACGUUCGGGGCAAUAUUUUCAGUUCUCUUUUGUGUAUUACAUUUCUUGAUACCGCGCGCACCAGGGGCGAAGUCUAAAUACAUGACCGCGCAACAUUUUUUUUGUACCAUGCCUUUAUUUAAACAAAGUAUUAAUGCAUUGUCAGAAAAAUCCGAAGAAUUCCACUGGAACAUUUAAACAAUAUUUCUCCAAAAUCUUAGUUUGAGUUUAAAGAGCAAAUGGAGCGGUCAACGUUACACAGCUUAACAAUCGCUCGAAAAAAAAUCUGUCGAACAUUCUCACAAAAGCCUACUGUGGCGCAUCGUUGCUUUUUAAAUUCAAAAUGGAAUGACCAUUUGGUAAUUGUAAAAGAAAGGUGAUUUGUAAGGUCUUCGAAAAGGGAAACAAAGCGGCCGAGGUCGGUUUCUUUAAUGAUAAAAGGCCACGCGACACGAAUUCAAACUAUUUUCCCUCAGGGCGAAAAUGACAAAUGUAAGAUAUUCACAUUUUCUUUAUGGAGACAUGUGGUGUCAAAUUUGUGUGUUCAAAGCGUGGGGGAGGCAUCUGGGAAGACACAAAACCUCCGAAACAAAAAGAGACCAGAAAAGGCCGAAAAAGCCAGAUUUCUCUCCGUCAAAGAGCAGUGCCAAAAAAAAGCCACCAUAUCCCUAUGACAACGACAUGCAAAUGCCAAUGAGAGCGGUGCAUUGAAAUGAAAAUGAAAGCCGACCAAUUAACGACGGGGGCGCUUAAAAAGGUGGUUUAAAAAUAGCCUUUGAGAGGAAAAGGCCAAAAAUGCGACAUAAUACGCUCACAAAAUGCACUGGCCGAUGAUCGUGCGGAGAGACGGUCUCUCACGUACACGGUGUACGUACGUAGUUCGUGGACCCAACCGCUCAGCGCCCUUGGAUGCGGGGCUAGUUGUCAAAGCAAACAGCCGCCUACUCACUUCUGUAGAUUUUCAUCGACGACGCGUGCAAUAUCGGUUUACAGGGGCCUGCAUUGUGCAGACGUUCGUUUCAUUGAGGCUGGAUUUCAUUCAUAAAGUUUCGGUCAUUGCCGGCAGGUUAUGGUCUGUAUUUAUAUAUAUAUAUAUACUCGGGUUCAUUGCCUGGGCUACCUAACAUUCGCAACCCCGAGUCGGUCGAGUUAGCGCGGAUUUCCAAGGCAGCGAUCUAAAAACGAAGUCUUUACAUGAGAACGAACUCCCAGCAAAAACUCCUGCGAUGAAAGACACACAUCAUUCCAACUGCUCAGCCAUCAUGUCCAGCUCUUCCGAGGCCAUGGAGGCGUGCGUCAGCCCCACAUCCAACCCGGCCAAAAUCCAGUGGUCCAAGACACCAGGCACCCAAGUCUUCCCGCUUCAGCCAGUCCGGGAUAGCCUGGUCCAGUCAGAAUGGCAACCUCCGGCCAAAGGCCCCGGGGUCCUCCGGAUAGGUGACGCACCAAGCGAUGCACAUGAUGCUACAGAGCCCGAGGGGGUUGCCAGACCUGGUGAGAAUGCUAUGGGCGGCACCUCGGACCUGCCAGAGAAGAAACCAGUUUGUGACAUCAGGGUUGAACACAGUGAAAUGCCAAUGCCUCCGCAAAGCAAAUCCAUACCAAGGAAAUUCUGGAAACACACCGAGUCAGAAAACCUCAGAGUUGGACCAAAGAGUCACCUCUCUGAAGAGACCACGACGCCUUCCCACCAACUUCAAAGACCAUCAAGUUUCAAGUGCAAUUCUGGCCAUUUGUUGCCCGAGGAAGAACAAUCAGUUCAGAGUGCCUUCCGAGAAUACCGUAAGCCUCUCUUGCCAUACACGCCUGUUAGUGCUGUGAACGAACCCUCGAGGGCAGAAGGAAGUGCUAUUAGUUCUGGACAGAAUCAGAGAAAGCCCUCCAAUCUGUCCGAAAUUGAGCGACAGAGGGGACCUCUUAAGAAGCGUCACAUCAACUACCAUGUCCUGGAUCUCAGCACCAAGAGACCCAAAGUACAAGGGGUGGGGAAUCCCGAGAAUCUGCUGGCUCCUUCUGGUGGAGAUUCCAGCAGUUGCAGCCAGGACAGACCUUUGCCGACCCAACAGGCCUCGGUGGAUCAGGAACGGCUUUGCAUGACCCUGAAAGAAGAACCUUCUCCGACUCAUCUUGAGGCAGCAAAACAGGAGAUUCCCAUGCCAGAAGCAGGCCUCUGCAGAAUGCCAGCACCUGACAUGAGUGACAGGAAGCUCAAUUUUGUCGGGUUCACUUCGAACUUAGAUCAGAAACAAAGACUGGCAAGCCCUUCCGCAAUGCACCAACUUGCUCACCAUGCAGUAGGAUCCCCUGAAGUCAGCAACGCUAACCAACCAGGCAAUCUCGUGCCCGUACUUCCAAGCACAGAGUUCGUGAGUCAAUGGGUCCUGCACGUGACCCAGAACAGCGACGUGUAUGCCCCACAGCACCUGCAAGCCAGAACCGCUCCGGAUUCAGAGUCAGGCCGAUCCUCAACCUCAGAGGUCAGCUAUCAGGGCAGCGUGCCCUCCUCACCGACUUAUCGGCACCCAGGCAGGGGACCAACCUCGUCCAAGAGCGCUGCGCCGAAGGUGGAGAAGCCUUAUGCCUGCGAGCACUGCUCCUCGACGUUCAAGCACCGCCACCACGUCGUACGUCACAUGCGGGCCCACAACGGAGAACGGCCCUUCCACUGCGAGCACUGCGGCGCCGCCUUCGCCCGCAAGUGCGUCUUGACCAACCACCGCCGUACCCACACAGGCGAGAAACCCUACAUCUGCUCCGAGUGCGGCGACACCUUCAGCCGCAAGCACCACCUGGUGAUCCACCAGCGCACUCACAGCGGCGAAAAGCCCUACCGCUGCCGCGACUGCGGGGCCGCCUUCGCCCGCUCACACCACGUCAACCGGCACCGCAGGACGCAUGAGAAGGAGGCGGAGAUGGAUGCCCAGACAGCACGGCUCACAUCAAGCUCUGACAAGGCAAACAACCAGCUUCCUACCAUGGUGUCCCUUGCCCAGUCAGGUACUUCAUUGGAUCCUGAAUUGGAACUAAAAUCCAGCCUUCCCAGAGUAGUCACCCCACCUGCAGACACCACAACUGUAAAAACGAUAAACAACCCAAAUGAGCAAAAUACAAAGUGUAUCUCUGAAAACACAAUCAGUACGCGAGAAGAGACGACAAAGUUGACCAGUGCAACGUAACAACUAACACACCCAGCUCACUUAAUUCUAGCUCUGAACAAAACAACUCUUGCAGUGUCAAAAAGCCCAGACAAAGUUCCACAAUAUGUCUAAAAAAGUAAAAAAUGCAAAACUACAUACAUCUUUCAAAACAGCAAUCUAGUAUCAAGUUCAAACUGCUGAAUUUCCUUGAGCAUUGUGUGAACUUGGAGAAGAACAUUUUCACCAUCCGUUUCAGAACCGCAUUUCUUUGUAAAGGCCAAGGACAGUCGAUGAUGAUUGAAGCUAUUGAUGUUUGUAGAAAUUAUUUCAGUGUUUGUCACACUAAUGGUAAAGCCCUAUGGUGAUUGAAUGAAAACAGCCCUUGCAUCAUUAACAAGCCAAGAAGUACAAAAAGA